UCGAACAAUAAAGUAGUACUUGUCGACUUGCGUACGAUUUUCGUGUGAAACGGAGUUUGAUCAUGCCGAAAGUGCGGGAGUGUCGUUCAUAGUAUCGCGCAUACAAGUGCGGAAGUAUCUUUUAAUAAAAGUGCGGAAGUGCCGUUUAAAGUAUCGCGCUUGUGAAUCAACCUGAGAGGAGGAGGAGGAGGCCUAGGACAGGCAUCGGGCAUCGGUGGAGUAACACUGUGAUCAACCUAACAGAUCCUCUAACAUUCCGAGAGGAGGAGGAGGCCGAGGAGAGGCAUCCUGCACCGGCGGAGCAACCUAAGGACAUCGUAGCCUCAAGGCCAAAUCUCCGCUGUUGCGCAUCAGUGCCGAUAUAAAUUCGAAGAAACUAAGAAGAAGGAAGAUAAAGAAAGAUCAUUAAGGCGAAAAAGAGAGACAGAUAUGAGAAUGCGUGUGUAUGAAUAAAUGAGAGAGUGGGUAAUUGAAAGAUUGGGAGAAAAGAGGGAUAGAAAGAAGCGACGAGUAAGGAAAGAGGCAGAUGAAACCGGACGACCGUGGAAGUGGUAUCUCUUUGUAGACGUAUCUCGACUAACCGAUAUUACUGGAGCGGACGUAGAGUUGAAAGCUUGCUUUGUUCUUUUUUUUCGCGUUGAUUUUUAUGUACGCGGUUGUGUCGCGUAAAGGAACGCGCAUGAAUGACAGUUUCAAUCGCGCGCUCGACUUCGUCACAUGUAAGUUUCGCGGGUUGCGUGAAGCUACAAUGAAAUAUACAAGAGAGAUAAUUGCGUUAAUAACGGCUUAUCGUAAAGGCGACAUUAUAAAAUCGACUAGCCGAGAUUGUUUUUUAAAUUGUUUGCGCAGACGUGCUUGUGUGUUGAAACAAUAACACGAUCGAAUGAAGAGAUACACGGACGACUCGCUUUUUAACAUUGCUCGAGGAAGGCAAAAGAAUCGGAGAAUAAAAAGAAAAAAAUGAUCCAGAUCGUAAUUUAUAAACUGGCGUUCACGUGGACAUCAGCUGUUCGAGAUUUUAAAUCAGCUGACCUAGACGUAAUAUAAGAUGAAUCGACAAGAAAACUUGGAAAAAAAACCAGCAAGUUAUCCAAGCGAAUUUAAAAAAGAUUGAUUUAAAAUAAUCUAAAGAGAAGAAAAAAAAUUCUUCCGAAAUCAGCAAAGAAAAUAACGAAUGUGCAUCAAAAUUAGUGACAGUGAAUUAUAUUUCAGAAAAACUGAAAUAUAAAAUACAGACGCGAGUACGGCGAAUUAAAAAAUACUUUUCAAGUGCACCUAAACGGAAGUGGCAACCGGAGAGUAGUAAUUUGCGCGUAACGCCGAGCGAUGUCUAAAGAGGGGAUAAUUAAAAGAGAUUGUUUGCGUACAGUAAAAAAAUAAUUGUAUUUUUAUUCCGUACAUCAUGUUCACGAUAAAGUUUGUAUUUCUCGGUACUUUGAUAUUGUUUUCGACAAAAGUGUCAUCGGAAUCGCAUGUGGCAAAGUGUUGUCCGCCAGGAAAGAUCUUCUCAGGGCAUUCCACAGUGGAGUGUGUUUCGGUGCCGAAUAGCAUGAUAGAACUUCAUAUUCUCCAUCGAAAUGUUACUGCGGAGUUUCAAGGAGUUCCUCAGUGCGAUGAACCCGAAGACAUUGUAACAACACCACUCGACGAUUUCGAUUCCAAUUUCUUAGAGCUUCCAGCUUGUCUCGAGAUACUUUACGAGCAAAUAACUGGAGAAAAUACCGUAAUAAUCGUUUAUUGUCAAUCAAAUAAAGAUCGACAAGUGAAAGCGAUUAACGUAUCCUUUCCGCAGCUCGUACAUGUUAGAAAAUGUUGCUCUCAUAAUAGCAUAUUUGACAGCCGCACGAAAGCUUGCGUGCCUUGGUUAAACGAAUCAGAGAGUCUCGUAACAUUUUUAUCAAAUGGAUCGGUUGAUGUAGAUUUUAUGAUGAUAGCUAACGAAGGUCCACCCACGUGUGAAGGUCCGAUCGUAGAUUAUGAGAUUGACAAAGACGAUAUUUUCUUGCGGAACGGAACUUACUUGGCGAUGAUUCCAGUAUCCAAAAAUAAUUAUAUCAUCAAAGAGGAAUUCCUUCUUACCGAGGCUAAUGCUUGCCUCGAGAUGCUCCCAAAUUCCAUGUUUAAUAGAAGAUUAGUAGCCCGCGUUUGCAGAGAUUCGAGAUUCUGCGACAGAAACUCCUGCAUUAGAAAGUGUUGCGCGGAAGACGAAUUUUUUUAUGUUCAGGGAUGCAAUAAACUUACGCCCGAAGAACCGAUUGAAUUUCACCAGGCUUUAGCGAACGCUGUGAACCAAACGGAAUCAUCUACUUUUAAUAUAAAAGAAGAUUACGGAGUCUUGAUAGGGAAGCUGUGUAAACACGGCAUGUAUCCCGUGGAUCCAAGAGAAGAAGAUUGGUCUUUGACGGCAGAAGGACAUGUUCUCACGGAAGGUUAUCAGAUCUUCGACCAGAACAAAUAUUGCAUGGAUAUUUUUUACAACAAAUCGGAAUUCGAUCAUAAUUUUCAUUUGUUUAUAUGUUUCGAAGAUCCAGACAUACCGCACGAUACUUCAAUGAGGUACCAAAUGAACAGCGUCCUGGAGAUCACCAGCUGUACUUUUCUGCUGAUGACUCUAUUGGUAUACAUAUGCCUUCCAAGUCUACAAAAUCUUCACGGUAAAACGCUCAUGUGCCACGUAAGCAGCCUCCUCCUGGCUUUUACUUGUUUAGCCAUCGUACCCUGGUUUAUGCCCGUUAGUGCAGUUGAAACGGACGACUUAAGAGCUACGACAGCGUGCAAAGCUUUAGCUUACAUCAUGCUUUUUUGCUUUCUAUCGUCAUUUUCCUGGCUCAACGUCAUGUGCUUCGACAUAUGGUGGACUUUCGGAGUUUUACGUGGCAGUACGAUUACAAAGGCGCGUGGACAUAGAAAAAAGUUUCUAUUAUAUUGCUUGUAUGCAUGGGGCCUCUCUUUGCUGGUGUCAAUUCUGGCGAUCAUUGCCGAUUACACGGAUAUCGUGCCAGAUUAUUUGCAACCCGAUAUUGGCAAUACGAGCUGUUGGUUUACACAAAAUCCAGAUUCGUUCAGCGAAUUAACCUUCUUUAUCGGCCCCAUAACGAUUCAAUUGAUAUCUAACGUCGUGUUUUUCAUUCUCACAUCGGUACAUUGCAAUAAGGUGAAAGCGGAGAUAAAAAGAGUAAUUACGGAUCCUAUGGAUCCCAGGAGCAAGCGAUUUCAUUCCGAUAGAAGUAGAUUUGUCAUGAAUAUCAAACUGUUCAUCGUUAUGGGAAUAUCUUGGAGCUGCGAGGUGAUAUCGUUCUUCGUGAAAAAAUAUUUAAAUUACAUUUACUGGCAUUACACGUUGUUCUACGCUAGUGAUGUCUUCAAUUGCCUUCAAGGCCUAUCGAUCUUUAUUCUCUUUGUCUUGAAGAGCCGCGUUUACCUGGCCCUUCGCAGACGAUUGGGAUUGGAUACCAGGGAUAAACCGAGUCCAACGUGCAACGCGACUUUGCAAGACCCUUACAGAGUCAGAAAAAGUGCGAGCAGCAGUACGUUAAUGACUACGUUUGCGAUCAGUUCGGCGCCAUAAGGUAAUAAUUCAGACUGCUUAGUACAUAUAAAUAGUAUGCUUAAUUUUUUUUAUAUGUUUAAGAAAAAUAUGCCCGUUUCAUCCAAAAUAUUUUAAAUUCUCCUCUGUUUACUCUUUUCUUGUCAGUGUGUGUGUGUGUGUGUGUGUGUGUAUGUGUGUUAGAUAAAACAAAUUCAUAUAUAAAUAAGUAUUAGCAAUAUUUUACUAUACAUAUACAAUAUGCCCAACAGUUAAUAUCCAAUGCAUUUUAAUAAACUAAUAAAUUUAUAAUAACAAAAAAGAGAGAAAGAGAAACACUUUGUUGAAAGAGAAUUUAUUGAGAAGCAUUGUAAAUGGAUUAUGUUCCGGACAAGACCUCUUAAUUUGCUAUCUGGGAUAAUUUUAUUACCUUCACAGCAUACAAGAGGUGAAUAAUUGACACAAGGAUAAUUGCGUUUUAUUGUGUCAUAAAUAGAGCGUAGGGCUAUUGUACAAAAUUUUCUUUUAUAUUACCAUAUAUUAUAUUGAUAUAUUUACUCAUAACUAUCUUGGCUCUUUGAAGUUUGUUGAAAAAGUCUAUUAUAAAAAUUCGAAAAUGAUAUAAGAUUUUAUAUUGCAGAAGCAAGAGAAAGAGAGAGAAAAUAUUAAUUUUAUCUGCAAUAAUGUACUAUGCCGUGAUGUUACUAAGAAUAUCAAACAAGUAUGACGCUAUCACAAAUUAAAAAUGAUAUUGUAUUGUUAAACAAGUACAACGUAUAAGCAUAAUUUUAUGUGUGUGUAGUAGAUUAAGUACAAAGUUUUAUAUAUGUAUAUAAAAAAGUCAUCGUUUAAACAUUAGAUGGUUUUUAAUAUGUUUUCGCAUUUUUUAAAAUAUUUUUUACGAUUUACAAAAAGUGACUUAUUAGUUUUAUAUGAUAUAUUUUUUAUAGCACAAAUUAUCUCUUUUAAACUAACAUCUCUUUAGGCAAAUAUAAUUUAUAUAUUAUUAUUAAAAUAUUUAUUAUUGUAAUUUUAU